AAAUAAAAAAUAAAAAAAAACAGAAAAACGAAAAGAAAGAUGCAUAACCAAGAACGCAUUUAUCUCCCCUGAAUCACAAACGAAAAAGCCUUCACCUUCUUCUCAUUUUCUCAGCUCAACAGUAAGAGUGCAGUCUAGGGUUUUGGUACCACAGAAACCAUGCGUACGGUACCAACAGCGUGAGAAAUCAAUCAGAGCCGUCCGAUCGAUGUCAUCGCCCUCGUCGUCAGCUUUCUUCGUCAUCUGCCUCCUCCACUCUGCAAUCGCCAUAACCUGUGGGGCCCUUAUGAUGUUCUACAUGACGGAAGUCUACACCUUCGGGCACGGGAUCGAGACUGCGAAGAAGCUGCUGGGGUCCACGCCCCACGACCAGCUCUUGAUUCGGACCUCCGAUUCCUUCUCCGGGUUGCUCCUGUUCGCGAUCGGGUUCUUGCUGCUCAUGGUGUCGUUCGUGAAGGAUCGCGAGUUCCAGAGCUUCUUCGCCAAAGGGUGCACGGUGCUGCAUGUUUUCAUGGCGCUGUGGCGGUGCUACUUCGAGCGGAGGGUGGAGGACCUCGCUUGGGAUUGGCUGAGGCAGACAGUCGGCGAUGUAGUGUUGGCAGCCUCUUGGGUUUUUUUCCUUGUUUUCUCUUGGAGAGAAAAGUACGACUAAGCCCCUCUUCUUCUUCAUUAUUUACGGCUUGUUUUCUUGUAUCUCAAUUUACCUUUUGGAUUAAUGGAUAUAAGUUAAAUGCUGAGAAAAUAUCAAAAUAGGGGCAGCUUGAGUGCUUCUGUUUAAUAUGGCUGCCUACAAGCUGGAAUUAGACUUUCAGUUUUCUUUUUUGUAGAAAGAGAAAAAAAAAAGCUAUCUUCUUUUCGGUUUACUUAAAUCACAUGUUAGUGGAAUAUUGUUAAUCUCUGAUGUAGAUAUUUACUUUUGUGGAUAAUGAAACACAUUAGUCUUUUGAUGCUAA